UUUAGAAGGCUUUGAGGAAACGAAACCAAAAGUAACAAAUUUGUUGAUGCCUUUACUAUUAUCCAUUGUCACCCCAUUUUGAAUAGUGGACUUGAUUUGUUACAAUAGUUAAAAAAGCUUCCACUUCUCAAGAAUUGUCCAAAAUUUUACUUUUUGACAAAGUUUGUAAUUUGCAAGAAAAGAAAGCAGUUCUCGGACAGGUGUAAAUUUCGGAUGAAAUUUUCCCAAUUGAUUUUACAAAAAUGAAUGCAGAAUCAUUAAAGUUAUGUGAGAAUCUUGUGCCAGUGGCAUAUGUACAGCAAGGUGCCCAAGCCAAACAGAUUCAGGAAAACAAAAUACGCACUUUUCUUCAACAUAGAAAGCUGCCUGAUGUUGGAUGGGAUGAACAAACUAUAGAGAUGAUUCUUCAAGAGUUCUCUACCAUGGACAGUAACAACUUUCCUGGAAACAGUGGUGUCGGUGAGAGGGAAGGAAGGAUUCUCUCAGAUAUGGUUGCUAGGAGACAUUUCAGACUAGCUCAUGGUAUUGGACGAUCUGGAGACAUUGCAGCUAUUCAACCUAAAGCAGCAGGUUCAAGCCUACUAAUGAAACUGUCAAACAGUCUUGCCCUGGAUGCUAUAAAGAUCUCAGGUGUACAGUCUGCUACUAGUUGUUUUGUGGUUCCCAUGGCAACAGGGAUGAGCCUGAUGUUAUGUAUGCUGACAAUAAAAUCAAAGCGUCCGGGAGCAAAGUAUGUCCUGUGGCCAAGAAUAGAUCAAAAGUCUUGCAUCAAAAGUAUGAUUACCGCAGGGUUUGAACCUGUGGUGAUUGAGAAUCGUUUGGAAGGGGAUGAGUUGCGGACAGACAUUGAGGCCAUAGAGAGCAAAAUAAAUGAGUUGGGAGCAGAGAAUAUAGUAUGUGUGAUGACUACAACUAGUUGUUUCGCUCCUCGUGCACCUGACAGACUGGAAGAAGUUGCUACUGUCUGUAAAAAGUUUGAGAUUCCCCAUUUAGUCAACAAUGCCUAUGGUUUACAGUCUUCAAAGUGCACCCACCUGUUACAACAGGCAGCAAGAGUUGGGAGAGUUGAUGUGUUUGUACAGAGUUUAGACAAAAACUUUAUGGUACCAGUGGGAGGCAGUAUAAUCGCUGGGUUUGAUGAACAGUUUAUACAGCAAAUAAGUAAAAAUUACCCAGGUAGAGCAUCAGCAAGUCCCAGCCUGGAUUUGUUCAUUACUCUGUUGUCAUUGGGACGUGAAGGAUAUAAACAAUUGCUGAAGGACAGAAAAGAUAUGUACAGUUACCUACAAGAGAAGUUAAAACAGUGUGCUGAGAAUAAUGGAGAAAGACUGCUUGAUAUAAAACAUAACCCUAUAUCACUAGCUAUGAGUUUACCGGAGCUCGAGGAUAAGCCUGCAACUGAAAUAGGCUCAAUGUUGUUUACAAGAUUUGUGUCUGGUGCUAGGGUGGUUGCUCGCACAGGGAAAGAAACUUCUGUCAGCGGACUUACGUUCCUCAACUUUGGUUCUCACUAUGACAACUUCCCGUGUUCAUAUCUGACGGCAGCAGCUGCUGUCGGAAUGACCAAAGCAGAUGUUGACACUUUCAUAUCUAGACUGGACCAAGUGUUAAAGAAGUUUAAAAAGACUAAAACUGUGUCAGAAAAUACAGAAGCAGCCUGAAAAAUUAUAGCAAUAAUUCUUUUGUGGAGGAAAUCUCUAAGCCACGUGGCUCCACUAUCACUCAAGCAGAGAAUUGGCUCUAAGAAAACUUUUAAAAGGCUUGGUUUAUUGUCUCAGUCAUUUGUGAAGAAAAAAUCUUGUCUGAAAUUUUAAGACAAGAAAAUUCUUGAAAGUGCUUGUAGCAGAACCAUCCCAUGUACAUUUAAUUCAUUCCAGUGUAGUCCAAGAAAAUAUCUGUAUGUCAUUUAUAAUUUAUUAAAUGAUAUGUUCAUAUUUUGUUAAUCAAAGAUGUGUUCAGAUGAAUUAAACCCUUAUCAUGCUGGCUACGAUUGAUUCUGCCAUUGUGACAUCUGUGCAGUCUGAUCAUGAUCUGCACUGUUCGCCAUUCAGUCAGUAUCUUUUUGGAAAGCACCCCUUUUAAUAGUUAAUGAUACUGUCCAAAUUGAAAGAUGGACAAGUUCAUAAUAGAAAUUUAGCAGGGUAAGGGUCAAUGGACAUUACCAUUAUCUCAGUAAUCAAUUAAGGUAGUAUAGUAGUCGCAACUUGACCGGGAUGGUUGAUCUUCGGCUGAUUAUUCAUAUAGAUUAUUUCAUUGUAGAAAUUUGGUGUGCAUAGGGUAGCCGUGUAUUUAAAUUUAUGAAUGCAAUGAGACGAAGCGUUUUACGUACACACCUUUUCAAUAAUAGGUUGUGCCUCAUUAUGUAUUAUAAUACAAAGGUCAACCAUCGUGGUCAAGUUGCGUUCACUAUAUUUGUGAUGUCAACAUUCUUGAAGCGAAGCAGUGGUCUACUAGUUAACCCUUACCCUGCUAAAUUUCUAUAAUGAACUUGUCUAUCAAUUUGGACAGUACCAUUAACUGUUAAAAGGGGUGCUUACCAAAAAUAUACUGGCUGAAUAGCGAACAGUGCAGGUCAUGAUCAGACUGUAUGUAUGUGUAGGCUGAUCAUGAUCUACACUGGUCGCAAAGGCAGAAUUAAUCGGGUACAGCAGUGGUCUACUGGUUAAGAUGUCAGUCACUCAACCAGGGCUUCUAGGUUUGUCAGUCCCUCUUGGGUCACAAUCAUACAUUCAUAUAUGACAUAAAUACUGGAAUGUGGUUCAAAUAAACUUUAUGCUUUCAUGACAAUAUAAACUUAACCGGAAUCAUCUUGUAUAUCAAAGUAUUAUUUCUGAUUUCAAUGCAAGGUACUAUAAUGCAGAAUUCUAGCAAUGCAAUGAAUGUUAACAUCUUAUUAAUCAAGGUUGUGUCUCUAAUGUUAUUUCUAUCUCUUUAAUCUAGUAGUACUUUUUGUAGCAAUGCUUUGUGACGAAUUUAACCAACGUUAUCUGAUUUAUCAAGGUUGUGUAUCUGAUGUUAACGUAUUAUUCUUGAUUAAGGUUAUAUUUCUGUUGUUAAUGCAAGGCAUUAAGUCACCAUAAUAGCAAUGCCAUGUUGUUAACAUUAUCAUGUUAUUCAAGGCAAUAUCUUUGAUGGUAACAUUGUCUUGUUGGUCAAGGUUGUAUCUCUGAUGGUAACAUUAUCUUGUUAAUCAAGGUUGUAUCUCUGAUAGUAACAUUAUCUUGUUGGUCAAGGUAAUAUACCUUAAGUUAACAUCAAUCUUGUUAAUCAAGGUUGUAUCCCAGAAGUUAUUGUUAUUCAGCAUUGUACCAGUGCAUGGUUCUAGUCCAAGAUUUAAUUUGUUUUAGAUUAUGCAUUUUUGUAGUAAAACUACGAACUUAAUACUGGCUUAGAUCUUAUUUACAAUUAAUAUAUUCAUAAAAAAGUUACUUUUUUCUAGUAAAAUAUGAUUCAAGCUUUA